CUUUCGGCAUUGUUUGCUUGCCUCAGUCUCUGACCGCAGCUCUUGGCGUCCAUAUACUCGUACAACUUGAUCUCAGGGAAAUCGUCACUUACGACAGAUCCCUUAAGAGCGUCGAACGGCGAAGGCAGACGUGCGAAAAUUAUGAUCUUAUCUGGGUAGGAGGCACCUGCUCACCCGGCAUAACCAGAGGAUUGCAUGGAAACAUCCGAACUGUGAUACACUAGCCAUAACCAACAGACUGGACAAUGGUGCGAUUGAACAGGCGCCUGCUGCCCAUCAAGGCACAUUUCUUCUUUUUCAUGGCGGCCAUGGGACCCAUACUGCCGCAACUGUCGGUGAUCGGCAAGCAGAUCGGUGUUCCACCGGAUGUUAUGGGCUAUAUUACGGCCGCCUUGCCCCUACUCUAUGUUUUAGCCAAACCCUUGGUGGGUUUCCUAGCCGAUUAUUUCACGAGCCUGCGCAAGUUCAUCUUCAUCGCCCUUAUCCUCAUCAUGACACUGGCCUUCGCCGGCUUCUAUUUCCUGCCCGACAACUCACAUUUCAUCCCAUUGGCCGAGGGAAGUGCCCAAUGGAAUGUGACGUUACUGGGGAAUCCAAACGAUUGCAAUGCUAUUAUCCAAUCCUCCAAAGCAUUUUGUCAAACCACGCACCAGGCAAAAUGCAUUCAGGAAAAGGAAGUAGGAGAAUUCUCAGCUCUAAUUGUAGCCAACGAGUCGGGCCUCAAUCUCAACCAGAAUCUGCUUCAUGGCAACGAGAGUUACCACAUCUGCCUCACGCAACCAGCAACCAUCGAUUGGAUCAAUGCAUCCUGCGAGGUGCGCCACGUAAAUAGCUGCAUCUAUGGAGCUGGCAAGUUCUGGCUGUUCGUAUGCCUGCUCUGCAUUGGAAUCGUUGGCUUCAACGUGACGAACUCCAUAUCCGAUGCCUGUUGCUUCGACCUUCUGGGCGAUGAAGAGCAGGAAAAGUAUGGAGCACAACGGGUGUGGGGCACCAUAGGUUUUGGAGCCACUGCCAUGCUGGCUGGAAUCGUAGUGAACUGGUGGACCACGGAUGCGGUCAAGAGUCUGACGCCUGCCUUGAUCAUCAUGUGCGUGUUCAGUUUGCUUGACCUGUUUAGUGUGUCCAAGCUGAAGCUGCCGAAACUGGGUGGAUCCGAGUCCAUCUGGAGCGAUGUUUGGCAAUUGGUGCGCAAGCCACCCAUUCUGGUCUUCCUGUUCUUCGCCACGAUGGCGGGCAUCAUUGACUCCUUCAUCAUCUACUUCAUGUUCUGGCACUUGGAGCAGGUGGCUGAGGCCACUGGUUACAUGCACCAGAUCAAGUUGAUCGAAGGUCUGGUGGUGGCCGCCGAGUGCCUAGCCGGCGAGGUGCCCUUCUUCUUCUACAGCGGAAAGAUCAUCAAGAAACUGGGCUAUGUGCAUUGCAUGAGCAUGUGCUUUUUCUUCUACGCUGUGCGACUGUCGCUGAUUUCGUGGAUUCCCAAUCCCUGGUAUCUGGUGGGCGUGGAGCUCUUUUUCCAGGGCAUUACCUAUGCCUUGUGCUACACGUGCAUAGUGGCCUACGCCUCGGCGGUGGCUCCUCCGGGAACAUCGGCCACCGUUCAGGGAUUGAUGGCCGGCAUGGACGAUGGACUUGGCUUCUCCAUCGGAUCCCUAAUCGGCGGACUCAUGUUCAAAAGCCUGGGAGGACGAGAGAGCUUCAAAUACUUUGCCAUAGCCGCCAUUUGUACAUGCGUAGCACACAUUGUUAUACGUCCCACCUCCAGGAAGAGGCAAUUCCUGCCGAAACAGGGAUAUGCUCCGCCCACGGAACAGGAGAUCAAGCAGCCGCCCGCUCAGGAAAUGGAUGAGAUUCGUUUAGGAUAGACAUAGUAACAUCACAUGCCAUUUUUGUUGCAUAUUUUUGUACGCAUUUUUUACGAGAAAAAAAAAAGAAAGACAAGUUGUCCAAAAGUUGAA